GGACUGUAGGUGGCGAUGUGCGCAUGCCUGUCAUAUUAUUUACCACCUCGAACAAGAAGCAGUUCCGGAAACCCGCCUGGUCCUGAAGCGGAUGCUGGAGUUUCCAACAUGGAGGUGGACGGUGUCGAUCAUCAGAUGGAGAUGGGGGAGAGUAAAGGUGGCUCAGGUCUCCGGCAGUACUACUUGUCAAAGAUAGAAGAGUUACAGUUGACGGUAAACGACAAGAGCCAGAAUCUCAGACGUCUGCAGGCACAGAGGAAUGAGCUCAAUGCCAAAGUGCGUCUCCUUCGUGAGGAGCUGCAGUUGCUACAGGAGCAGGGGUCCUAUGUAGGAGAAGUGGUUAGAGUCAUGGACAAAAAGAAAGUGCUGGUCAAGGUGCAUCCAGAAGGAAAAUUUGUCGUGGACGUGGACAAGAACAUCGACAUCAACGAUGUGACUCCAAAUUGUCGCGUGGCUCUGCGUAACGACAGCUACACCCUGCACAAGAUCCUGCCCAACAAGGUGGACCCCCUGGUGUCCCUUAUGAUGGUGGAGAAGGUGCCGGACUCCACCUACGAAAUGAUCGGUGGCCUGGAUAAGCAGAUCAAGGAGAUCAAGGAAGUGAUCGAGCUGCCCGUCAAGCACCCUGAGCUGUUCGAGGCGUUGGGAAUCGCACAGCCCAAGGGUGUGCUGCUGUACGGUCCCCCAGGAACAGGGAAGACCCUGCUGGCCAGAGCGGUGGCCCACCACACUGACUGUACCUUCAUCAGGGUGUCCGGCUCCGAGCUGGUCCAGAAGUUCAUCGGAGAGGGUGCCCGUAUGGUGCGCGAGCUGUUCGUCAUGGCUAGAGAACACGCCCCCUCCAUCAUCUUCAUGGACGAGAUCGACUCCAUCGGGUCGUCUCGUCUGGAGGGCGGCUCAGGCGGUGACAGCGAGGUGCAGAGGACAAUGCUGGAGCUGCUCAAUCAGCUGGACGGCUUCGAGGCCACCAAGAACAUCAAGGUCAUCAUGGCCACCAACCGUAUUGACAUCCUGGACUCGGCUCUGCUCAGGCCAGGCAGGAUCGACAGGAAGAUCGAGUUCCCCCCUCCAAACGAAGAGGCUCGUCUGGACAUCCUGAAGAUCCACUCCAGAAAGAUGAACCUGACACGUGGCAUUAAUCUGAGGAAGAUCGCAGAGCUCAUGCCCGGAGCCUCUGGCGCUGAGGUUAAGGGUGUUUGCACAGAGGCAGGGAUGUACGCUCUGAGAGAAAGGAGAGUUCACGUCACCCAGGAGGACUUCGAGAUGGCUGUGGCAAAGGUGAUGCAGAAAGACAGCGAGAAGAACAUGUCGAUCAAGAAGCUGUGGAAGUAAAAAAGGCCUUGUGUAUUUCUUGCACACAAUGCAAACAUAUGUAUAUUUUCCUUCUUUUUGUUUAUGGUUUGUAAUUGUUGCAUAACUCAUUCUAAAGUAAAUGGUUUCCCCAAAUAA